GUGUUGUUCUUGUCGCUGCAUUUCGUGCUUCCAUUAUACAGCUAGCUACCUGUACCAGUGUCCCUCUCAGUGUGUGCGCGUGUGUGUUUGCAGGAUGCGCGUCUAAUUGGCGUUUAUAGUUGUUUAGCCCAGCUGCAAGCCAUUUGAAUUGCAAAAUUUAUGGAAAUGUUGCGCCUGCUUUGGCUUUUAUGCGCUGCAUUUGGCCAAUUCAGUGAUCCUGUCUUAGCUGAAAUCGAAUAUAAUACCAUCAACGCUGAUGGAUCGUUUCAAUUUCGACAUGCAAAUGAUGACAUUGGCGGCUACUAUCACAGCGCCUCUGGCACUCCGGACAACAUCGUGCGAGGUCGUUAUGGUUCGCGUAGUCCAGCGAGCGGACAGAUCGAAGAGACCGUCUAUACAGCCGGACCACGUGGCUUUCGCGUGAAUGGACCGAAAAUACAUCGUAAAAUGGAUUUGGCACAGUAUCCGGUACUUCCACGUGGCAGUCCCGAUGAUCCCCUCGCCGACCCCUACGACGAUCCCUCCUACAGCUUCAGCUAUCGCUCGUCGGAUCAGUCUCGCAGCGAGGAGAAUGAUGCCAACAAUAGAAUAAGAGGUCUCUACUCCUAUUUGGAUGAUGUGGGCGAGCGGCACAGCGUGCGUUAUGCUGCUGGCGCUGGAACGGGCUUUGAGAUUUCCAAUGCGGUACCUGAUAAUCCCGUUAGUGUCGGCUACUCCAGUCCGCUGUACAAGGCGCAUCCCAAGACUCGUGGCAAAAUGUCCGUACAGCGGGGUCCUGCGGGCACCUACAAGCUGAUUGCGGCUGGUCCGGAUCAUCGACGCGCCGAGAGUCGUGCUCCGGAUGGAUUAGUGCGCGGCACCUACUCCUUCCUGGACGACAAGGGCGUGCAGCGCACUGUGGAGUACAUAGCUGGGGCGGGCAUUGGCUACCGAGUGGUGAAAAAUAGAGUGGGACCUGGCACUCACAUAAAUCCCUCCGUAGCGGACUUUCGACUAAGCGACACGGAUUUCCGAUUGGCUAAUGAUUUUGGUCGGGGAGCGGGCGGAAAAUUGGGCGGAGGCGGUGGUGGGAGUGGGAGCAGUGUUGGUGGCAGUGGCAGUGGUGCCAGCGGUAUUGGUGGUUCAGGAACAAGUGGAGCUAGUGGACCAAGUGGUGGCGGUGGAGGUAGAGGACGAGUUGGUGGCGGAGGAGCUGACACAGAUUAUUUAAAAGCCGGAGGAAAGAUAGAUAUAAGAGUAACUGGAAACGGGUUAGAUAAUGCUGGAGAUGACAUUGAAUUGAACAGUAGCUCCGGUGGAUCUGCAACCGCAGAUGGAGUGAAGUCUGAUCGAAGAGGCUAUGCGGCAGGCAGCUCGCAAAGAGGCAGCACCAGAUAUGAUGGAGGUGGUGGAAAUGGAGGCGGAGCUGGAGGUGGAGGUGGAGGUGGAGGUGGCGGCAGAUAUGAUGGAGGAGCAGGUACUGGAGGUGGAGGAGGCGGAGGAGGUAGAUAUAAUGGAGGAGGGGGAGGCAGAGGCGGAGGUGGCGGUGGAGCUGGCGGGGGAGGUGGUGGAUACAGAGAGAGAGGAGGAGGUAUAGGUGGUUUAGGUUCCGCUGAAGGCAUAGCCACUGGAUCAGGCAGCGCAGCUAGUGGACCGGAUGACAAUUACAAYCUGAAUGAUGAUGAUGUGGGUGGCUCCCUGCCCCCGCUGGUGACCACCAAUCAUCGCAUACUGGAAAUCGAUCGGGAUCGAGAGUGGGUGCAACGACAUCGCGACUCCACGAUUAUUAGGAAUGUGGGCAAAUGGUAUGUGGGUCUGCCACCAGGUCAAAGUGUCCGAGCCCAUGUGCAGAACAUAGACAUUUUGCCACUGGGCGGCCGAGUCGCAUUGUCACCAUCGGAGGCACUGCGCCAGGACGAGAUGGCCGAGCUGGCCGCCUCCAGGGAGCACUAGAAGGCAAUAACUAGUUGUAGUUGGAUAGCUGAUAGUUGUUAGUUAGUUAAGUGCUCGCAACUAAGAUAAGUAACUGAAACGAUGUCAACUGCGGUUGCGCGUGGUUUCAGCUGUAACUGUAACUGUAACACUAUUUAUGCUAAAUACAUAAUACA